CCGUGCUGGUCUGGACUCGCUGCUGUCACAAUUAACGAAAUCAUUUGUAGGAUGCACUGAACCGAUGGAUGUGUCGCCGUUUCUCGUCAAGUCGAACGCCAAGUGGGGUGGUGCCACUGCUAUAAAGGAAUACCCCUUUCCAGACGUUGAAGCACAGCACAGAGCACCAAUAGUCUUCUUCCUCCCCAUUAUUCCAUUCCAUUCCAUGAAUUCAGCCGUGCCUCUCGUGGUCUUGGGGCUUCUCCUCUCCCUCUGCCUACACAUUCUCCCGUGCCACGCUGCCACGGACACCAUCUCAGCUGGCCGAGAGCUCGCCAGCGGCGACAAGCUCCUGUCCAGCAAUGGCAGGUUCGCGCACGGCUUCUUCCAAACCGAGCGCAAUUCCUCCAACUCCAACUGCACUCCAAAAUGGUACCUGGGAAUUUGGUUCCACACGGUCCCCAAGUUCACUCCUGUCUGGGUUGCCAAUCGUGAAAACCCAAUCGCCAACCUCUCGUCGUGCAAGCUCGUGCUUUCCCACGAUGGCAACCUUGUGAUCCUAGAUGACCACCCGGCCAACGGAUCCACCACGGUUUGGUCUAGCAAAUCCAACUCCACAACCAACAGCACCGUCGCUGCUCUCCUGGGCGAUGGAAACCUUGUCAUACGCAGUGCUUCCAACGCAUCCCUUGUUUUCUGGCAAAGCUUCGACCACCCAACAGAUGCUCUUCUUCAAGGUGCAAAGCUCGGCUGGGACAACGCCACCGGUUUGAUCCGCCGUCUUGUCUCCACCAGGAACACCAUUGACCAAGCUCCCGGCGUGUACUCUUUCCAGUUAUCUGGCCACAAUGGUUUUACUUCCAUGGUUUCUACGUUUAACUCUUCGAAAUCAUAUUGGUCCAGCGGCAACUGGGACGGACGGCACUUCACCAACAUGCCGGAGACAGUAGGGCAGACCUGGCUCUCGCUUAAUCUCACCAGCAAUGAACAAGAGACGUACAUCGAGUAUGUGAUUGAAGAUCCAACAGUGUUGUCACGCUGCAUAAUGGAUGUCACCGGGCAACUGCAGGUGCUCGUGUGGUUUGAAGGAUCGCGAGAUUGGCAGGCCAUCUUCACGGCACCGAAAUCUCAGUGUGAUGUCUAUGCUUCCUGUGGCCCUUUCACAGUCUGCAACGAUGUCCCCUUCCCCUCCUGCGCCUGCAUGAAGGGCUACUCCAUACAAUCGCCUCAAGACUGGGAGCUUGAUGAUCGAACAGAUGGAUGCUCAAGAAAUACUCCACUGUCCUGUGAAGGCAACACUAGUGCAGCCGGCGUGGCAGAUAAGUUCUACCCUAUGCCGUCUGUCCAACUUCCUGCUGAUGCCCAGAAUGUUGGGACGGCUACCAGUGAAGAGGAAUGCUCACUUGUUUGCCUGGGAAGCUGCUCCUGCACUGCAUAUUCCUAUGACCAAGGUGGCUGCUCAAUUUGUCAUGAUAAGGUCUUCAAUGUACGGCAACAAGGUAACAGUGUUCUUCACCUUCGCCUCGCUGCAAAAGAAUUGCAAAGUAGUAAAACCAAUAAAAGGGGGGUGAUCAUUGGCGCCGCUGUUGGUGCAAGCGCCGCUACAUUGAGUUUGAUCUUUCUACUAAUUAUUUGGAUGAGAAAAGGAAGGAAUUAUGGUGAUGACAUUCAGGAUGGAAUGGGGAUUAUUGCAUUUCGAUAUGUCGAUUUACAGUCUGCAACCAGAAACUUUUCAGAGAAGUUGGGGGCUGGUAGUUUUGGUUCAGUAUUUAAAGGUAGAUUAAGUGACUCAACUACCAUAGCUGUGAAAAGGCUUGACGGAGCCCACCAAGGAGAGAAGCAAUUCAGGGCUGAGGUGAGCUCAAUUGGAGUCAUCCAGCACGUCAACUUAGUUAAACUGAUUGGCUUUUGCUGUCAAGGUGACAGGAGGUUACUUGUGUAUGAACACAUGCCAAAUGGCUCCCUAAAUGCUCAUCUCUUCCAAAGUAAUGGCACGGUAUUGCCUUGGACUAUAAGGUACCGAAUAGCUCUUGGAGUUGCUAGAGGACUAGCGUAUUUGCAUUCAAGUUGUCGGGACUGUAUUAUACACUGCGAUAUCAAACCAGAGAACAUACUUCUAGAUGGGUCUUUCACUCCGAAAGUUGCAGACUUCGGAAUGGCCAAGUUUUUGGGAAGGGAAUUCAGUCAUGUCAUGAGUAUGACUACAAUGAGAGGAACCAUAGGAUACCUUGCUCCUGAAUGGAUUAGUGGAACAGCUAUCACAUCAAAAGUGGAUGUUUACAGCUAUGGAAUGGUUUUGUUAGAAAUCGUAUCAGGCGGCAGGAACUCAACUAAACAAUCUUCCAUUGAUGGUGUCUACGAAGCCUAUUUUCCGGUGCAAGUUGCACACAAGCUUCUUGAUGGAGACAUUGCAAGUCUGGUGGAUGCAAACUUAUUGGGUGAAGCGAACCUGGAGGUGGUUGAAAGAGUUUGCAAAGUUGCAUGUUGGUGUAUUCAAGAUGUUGAGUUUGAUCGACCUACAAUGAGUGAGGUGGUGCAGUUUCUCGAAGGUCUGUGCGAAGUUGAGACACCUCCAGUGCCAAGAUUUCUUCAAGCUAUUGCAGGAAAGUCAACUACGGAGAUAAUGUAAUGACUACUUUGGGUUUUUGUUCAUCCCAAUUUUUUUAUCUGGUAGUUGCGCCUGUUGCUUUUCCUUUGUAUUAGUCUUUGUAAUCUUGUACCGCCAACAGGUUGUCAAACUUCUGUUGCUUUCUUGACAAAUCAAGACUAAGUCCUUUGAUCUAAAUUUGAGCAGAAAAUGUAGAUAUCCAUGAGAAUAUAACGAUUCAAUUAUCUUGCAAACUUGAACAUAUAUGUACUCUGAUCAUUCACGCAAA